CCGGCCAUGGAAAUGGUACUGGUUACGGCCGGAAUCAGAUACCUGCGCGGCAGUAGCUUUCGGGGCACGUUGCCUAGCCAAAAUUAAAGAGGCCGUAACUUGAAAGUUAUUUUGGAGCAGUGGGUGUAGGCCCUAAAUGUAGUCCUACUAUAAUGUAGUUCCUUGAAGCCUUCGACUUUCGAGUCCUUGCAUUGAAAGCUUGACAAAGACCUGUUCAAUGAUCAUGAUGGGGACCCGCUCCUCCCGAAUUGUCUGCUGCGCAACUUGCCUGCAUCGACUCGGCGAUUUCAAGCUUUCAGCCCGACGACUGCUCGUGUUCGGCCGCGGUGCCUCGUCAUCUUCCAGUCUGACAGAGCAGGAAGGAAGGGACGCCAAAUCUAACUUUGGAGGCAAUGGCGUUCCCUUUAGGCCUAAACGGGCGCUGGUGGUGUCUAAAUUGUCACGAUAUGCAUUUGAAAAGAAACGAUUUGGUGACAUUGGGGAGGAUGGCUUAAAAAAAGUGCUUUCACAGCGAGGGUCUCACUAUGACAAGCUUUUGAAGAAGCACCGCAUUCAUGAGUCUAACGUCAGGAAAGUCGUGGACACCUUCGAGUCACAGAACAUUGAGGUCAGACUGGCCCAGCGGUUCGACCACAGCCUGAACCACGAAGCAGUCCGGUGGGCCGACGUGGUGGUGCCAGCGGGAGGGGAUGGGACCUUCAUCAUGGCAGCCUCAAAAGUCAUGGACGACAAGCCCAUCCUGGGAGUCAACACAGAUCCCAGUCAGUCGGCCGGCUACCUAUGCCUGCCGGAGAGGUACACGCUACGGUUUGAUGAUGCCCUGAGAAAAAUAGCAGAAGGGAGGUUUAGGUGGAAGUGGCGACAGCGAAUCCGCACCACAGUGGAGAGUGGCCUGAUCAACGCUGAGCCCAUCGACCUCCACGAGCAGCAGCUCAAGCUGCCGGACCACCAGGUGGAGCACUGGACCAAGGAGCAGCGGCUGCGGCAGGGGUUAGAGGAGAGGGUGGAACCGGGGCCCAGGGUCCUGCCAGUCAGGGCGCUGAAUGAGGUCUUCAUUGGCGAGUCGCUGUCAUCAACUGUAUCCUAUUACGAGAUCUCCGUGGACGGCAGUCCCAUGGUGAAACAGAAGAGUUCUGGAAUCACCAUCUGCACCGGCACAGGAUCUACAUCAUGGUCCUUCAACAUCAACAAGCUGUCUCACCAGAGUGUCAGGGAACUGUUGAAUAUCAUCAACAAUGAAACCGAUGCCAAUAUACCAGCCAACCAAGAUCUUCAAGAGAGGAUCGCAUCCCGGUUCAAUAGCUCUCUAGUCUUUGACGCCAGUAGGCCCACCCUAGCCUAUACGGUGCGCGACCCAGUCAUCAAUGGCAUCUUCAAUGCCCACAUGCCAAGGGGAUUUGCAAAGAAGAUCCGGAUUCGAUCGCGGGGAUGGGACGCCUGCCUGGUGAUGGACAGCGGGUCAUCAUUUGUCUUCAACGAUGGUGCAAUAGCAACGCUGGAGAUCAAAGAGGAGGACGCCUUAAGGACAUUUGAUCUUCUUGAUUAGAUUAGUCUGAGUUGGCAUGAUGGGGGGGGGGUUGUGGGGGAAUGAACGGACAGGCCGACUCUCCUUUCCGCAGCUGGGUAUUACGGAAUACCAUCUUAUUCGUAAUCAUGUCAGUAUUUCCAGCAAAAAGUGUGCUUCUUGGGCAAGGCGCUGUGUGACUAAUUUCUGUUUCCGUUCAUCCAACAGCGCAUUUAGUGCUAAGUACAGGAUGAAGUGACAGUUAAGAAGACAAUGAAGAAAUGUUCAGUUUUAGAGGAGGGAGGAAAACCCUGGGUUAGUAUAAUUCCAACGAAAACCAAUGGAAUCGGGCAGGGACUGAAAACCCAAUCCACAUGCUGACCUAGGCGGGAUUCCAAUCUGGGUUGCAGAGGUGAGAGACGAGGAAAGAGCCACUGCACCAACCUGACUCCCUAAUUACUUCUCCCCAUGCUGAAAUGCAUCAUCUUGGAGGGCCAAGAUAGUUAUGUUCAUUGUGGUCAAUUACGGCUGAAGUGGUAGCAACAAACCGUACACAAAUACUUCUUAGGGAGUCAGAGAUGGCCUAAGGCAUGUUCAAACCCAAUGAGCAGGGGUCAGAUGAUGUAACACCCUGGGUAUCAGUUACUUGAAGAAAUAUGUGUGACAUAAAUAGACCCUAUAUACAUGUACAUCACAGUUGUCAGUUACAAACAAAGAUCGUACAGCACCGAAGGCACAGGAUGGACAACUUUGCUCAAAAGGUAUAAUUACCAUGGGCGCCAUUUGAGUAAGCGAUACGCCUGCACAGUUUACGGUAAUGCUUGGGCGCAGGCUCACCAGGUGCACUUGCCUGCCGCUGCGCCUGCGUAUUAAUGUGCAUUGCGCAGGCGUAUCGCUUGCUUAAAAGGUGCACAUGCGAUUACAACAUUUUACGUGUAUUCAUGGUGAAGUUUGCCAUACGAUCUUUGGUUUCAAAGCAACAAUGGACAUCUCCAUGCACUUACAAGCAGGAGCUUGUGUACACCAUGUUAACCGCAUGCUCAAGGCUGGUGCAAGUUUUCUCGUAUAGUUGGGUGUAAUUCUACUGCACUGCUAGCUAUUAAGCACAACAUAACAUGCAUGCAGUUGGGCGUAGCUGUCGGCCUCAGGUUAAGCCAAGAGAAGUAGAGGCCAAGGAUUGGAUCUAAAAAUUAUUUUGUAAGCUUUAGUUAAUAAGGGGAGAAUGGUGUUCCAGAAAAUGUGCUUGUUGAAUUACUUUACGCCAGAGGACAUUUAAACACAAGCUGGGUCUCUGUAUACACGGGCACAACUUACGGGUUAAAACGUCAGGCAUGCACUGACUCACCUCUGGGCCAACAUUUAAACGAGCUAAUCCCCAUUUGUUUUGUGACCAUGUGCUGAACUUUAAUUUGGCUGCUGUGCACUGCCUGCUAUGGUAACAAAAUACGGCUCCGUGGGCGUGGCCCCGAGCGUUGCAAUAUGUGAGGUAAUCAGUUGGCAAUAUCCUACAGAUGCUGUUUAAAUAACCCUCCUGAAUCUAAAUUCAUGACGUUUGUCUUUUUCAAAAGUUGGCCACCACAUCUUGCCAGUUUUUUUUAAGUUUGAAAUUUUCUGCCCAAGAUAAUCUUGUUCAUAAAUGUUUAAGAUCAGCUUGGUAUUUGCUCACUGAUUAUGGCCUGAGCCGAAGGCAAGACUGUCACAGACCCCAAGCCAGUUUAAACAUCACUUGUACAGCUGUUGUAAUACACCAUUGUCACCAAUAGCUUUUCUGUAUGAAACUUUAACCACUCAACAGGUAAUAACAAUGGCAUUGUUACGUUUAUUAUGGUGUUACAUAACGGCUUCUUUGUUUGCCCUCAGCCCUGCCAGGAAGGACAAACAAUGGGCAGGCUGGGCGAUGCGUUUGUCAGCCAGGCUGGCCUAGCCUAGCCUAGCCUAGCCUAGCCUAGCCUAGCGCUGCGGCACUUCAUGCCAUUGUACUUUACAAUAGGAGGAUUACAGCCUAUGGUGACUCAUAGCAGUCAGUCCUGUCCCCAAAUAAGGCUGCCCAGCUGUGUGGAUCAGAAGAAUGUACCCCAUAUGGGGUCAACCGGCGCUUAGUGGUUAAAGCAAGGGGAAAAUUCAGACAUUUCAUUUGAUUGUUUCCACCAUUGCAACUCAUGUUAAGCAGAACCCUUUACUGGUCCUGUCAUUGUUAUGCACCUUGUGUGUAAUGCCAAGGAUGCCUUUACAAUUACCUUGGUAUACUACAUACAUACAUUUAUGAUAGUUUGUUGCAGAACUGCAUGUAGGGCUUUGUCAAAUCAAACAUCAAGUAUUUUAAUAUUCCUGUUUGAAACAGGAAUACGCCAAAACAAAAUGUAAAAAAAUCUCAAAAUUUUUUGAGAAGCAACCAGCAUUCUAAUAUCUUAUUUCAGGGUGUUAUAAGAAAGUUCAAGGCAGCUGAUAAGUGUUACUUGUGCCCCCACUUUGAUACCUAUCCACCCUACUUUUUCAACGCAUUCUACUCUGAAAAGCUAUUUUUGCUGGUUUUGCUGUAUCAACAGGAAAUUGUUAGAAUUUGGCAUUUAGAUGGAGCAAAAUGGUCUCAGACUCGCUCAGCCUAUAGUUUUGCUAUAUUGCUUUUAGUUAUCUUUCAUUCUUCAGUAUGUGCUGCAUUGCCGAAGAUUAUUCUCCAAAAAAUGAAGAGGGGGUUGCUUUUUUUCUGUGCAUGAGUCAUCCCACCACGACCAGCAAAAAUGUCGAAGUGAAUUAAAAUACUUUUCUUUCUUGCCUUCGAACAACUUUCUACUUAUCCACCACUUUUCCAACACGAUCAUAGGGGACACAGUUUACAUGUUACAAGGUUUUUCAUUUCUUAGCUGCUGCAUCGGUGUGAUUGGUUAUUAUUAUGUAGAUGUGUAGUACAUCUACGCCAGCCCUUAUUGCUAUUGAAUUAUGUAGGAAUUGUUUGUGAGAGAAAGGACUGUGUAUGCACAUGGACUAAUCACAGUGUGCAAAAAUUGAAGCAUGUCCACACGUGUGUGUUUUAGUUGUUUGUUUAAGAGUGAAUGGCUAUGUUUGUAUCCUUGGCGUCACCAAGUUUUGUUUUUGUUCAGAAGGGGGCACGUGGCAACAAAGUAAUCCAUUCAUAGUGGAAGGGGGUUAAUGGACUUUCCUCCAAGCAGAUUGGAGAUUGUCCUCCCUUUUCAUUCUUAAAUUUUUUUCCUGUCUUUGUUACUCCUUUUUGUAUUGUGGAAUUUUUUUCUUUCCGGGGCAUGUGCCCCCCCCCUUCUCGUGAUGCCCAUAGCUUGUGUGGGCUUUAAAGUGUAUUACAUGUAUAUUCAGACUGAGGACAUAACAAAGGGAAGAAAUAAUUGUUCAUUGUCCUGUGGAGGAUAUGCUUUUUGCCCAUGGUCCUUAGAUGUAGAAAAAAAUGUGCUUAGUGUAUGGCAGCGUGCAACAUUAAAUGAAGAAUAAAAGAUUUCAUGUUCACCUAUGCAAUGUAAUAUAGCAAGUGCUCUCUCGCCAGGAGGGCCACUAUAGAAGCUUAUUUUUAUUUUAUUUCUGUUCAGCGCAUUCAGCGCCAGAUGAUUAUGAGUGACAGUGAAGAAGACAAUGAGGAAUGUUUGUUUUUAGAGGGGGGGUCUGAGAUAAAUAUUCCAACAAAAACCCACAGACUCUGGCAGAAAAAUGCAAUCUACAUGCUGACCUUUAUGGGUUCAAACCCUGGCCGCAGAGUUGGACGACGAGGAAAGAGCCACAACACCAACAUAAAUUUUUAAUUUGUAGUGGAAAUUGGGACUGUAUAGUGAAGACUUCAUGAUUCCCUGCAAUUUUUUGGUUACCACAGUAGCUCGUAAUCAUUGGGUGUUACUGUUCAGUCUCCAUGACUUGUCUGUCAUGGUAUAUGUUUGUAAAUGCCACUGCAAUUGAUGGGUAGAGGAAAAAAUUCAUACAAGACCAAAGAAUGUUAUUUUGUAUACAUGUAUGUAAAUGAAGUCCUUUAAUGUACAGAUCUUGCAGAUUUCGUGUAAGUGGGAUAGAACAUUUUCGAUGCCAAAUGCCUUUUUGUUGAAUUUUAUGCAAGUCUGGGUAUCAGACAUUCUCUGGUACCCUUUUCAAACAAACACCUGAUGCUCAUUUGCAUGUGCAUUUUAUGGAAAUGUUGGUGUGUCUUUCAGCUUUAGCCGUGAUGGGAUAUGAGACCAAAGCUGUUGAUUGGUUGAUGGCUAUCAGCAGACGAAAGUACCCUGGUCGGUCACAGUUAAAAAAACUGAGGGACAAUGUCUUGCAUAUUCAUUUAGAUAUUCCCCCACUGAAUACCUACUCUACAUACUAAAUUACACUAGAAUGUACACAGAACCACUGAUACCAGCUUGCUGGAAUUUGGGGCAUGUUGAUUUUAUAGUACUCACCUGGGUAUUUCACACACAUGUAUGUACAUGUCUUAUGGACUUUUUGCCUGUACCAUUGGUCACAAAUUUCAAUGUGAAACUGCACUUGUAAAUAAACUGAUUCAGAAAUGCCAUGCAAUGGAA